AUGAAAGCAGCAGAGGAAACGGCUGCCUCUGAAUUCUACGUGGCUCUCACGGUGGCUGCUAAAAAUUCUCCAGAAAAUGCCCCUGGGCUUCAAAGUGAGAUGGUGUUUGAAGAAAUCGGCCGCCGCAUCAGAGAAGUUGGCAUUCAGCUUGUGAAAAAUGUGAGUGCCAUCUUUCAGUGGGACAUCAUGAGUGGAGAAUUGAUGGUGGCCCAGUGGACUCUGGAUCUGAAGACUGGCUCUGGCGAGGUCUACCGAGGACCUUCCCGCCAGUCUGCCAACGCAGUGUUCACCCUCUCCGAGCACGACUUCAUGGAGCUUGUUCUGGGCAAGGUCAAGCCACAGCGGGCUUUCUUGGUGGGCAAGAUAAAGGUGAAAGGCGAUAUUCUGCUCGGUCAUAGACUGCAGACAGUUCUCAAAGACUACAUCAAAUUAUGA